GGUAGAACAGUAGAGAUGAAGGUGUUUGUUUUGGUAUUGGCGGCUCUUUUCGCCCUUGCCCUUUCUGACGAUGGGCAAGAUAAAUACAAAGUUGCUGACAAGACUUUCUUAGAGAAACAGAAGAAAGUCUUACAAUUAUUCAGCCACAUCAAUCAACCUAGCCACCACAGAGAACAUGUUGAAAUAGCUAAGACUUUCACUAUUGGAGAAAAUGUAGACCACUACAAGAAACCAGAGGUUAUCAAAGAAUUUGUCCGCUACUUGAAAUACAAGAACAUACUACACAGAGGUGAAGUGUUCUCCGUAUUCAACAUCGAACACCUCGAGCAAGCCAUAGCCUUGUUCAAAGUAUUAUACCACGCCAAUGACUUCGAAACCUUCUACAAGACCGCUGUUUGGGCCCGCCAGCACGUCAACGAGGGCAUGUUCUUGUACGCCACCUCCGUAGCCAUCGUCCACCGCCAAGAUACCCAAGGAAUCAUCCUACCACCCAUCCACGAGGUGUACCCUCACUACUUCUUCAACUCAGAGGUCAUACACGAAGCUUACAGGCACAAACAAGAGCACGACCAAAAGAACAAGCAUACUGGUCACGAACAAGGAAGAUACAACGGUUAUACUGUAAUAGCUAACUACUCUGGACACUACUUGAACUUGCACCCAGAACAAUCCAUGUCUUACUACCUCGAAGAUGUUGGUAUCAACUCCUUCUACUAUUACUACAAUCUCCACUAUCCAUUCUGGAUGGACGGUAAAGAAUAUGGACUGGAACACGACAAACGCGGUGAACUCUACUACUACCUUCACCAACAAAUAUUAGCUAGGUAUUACAUGGAACGUAUUUCUAACGAUAUGGGUGAGAUUCGUCACUUCAACUGGGAAACACCUAUCGAAACCUCAUAUUAUCCUUCCAUGGAAUACCCCAAUGGACUCGAAUUUCCAUCUAGACCACAUCAUGCUAGGUUGCAGGAAUAUUACAAUAACUACGGUCAAAGCUGGACAACCAGGGGACCUUCUGGAUACAGCUACACUUUUGUUCGUGACUAUGAGAGGCGUAUCCACGAUGCUAUUGACAGAAGAAUGGUAUACACUGACGAUGGCAAGAAGAUGGACUUAGACAACGAAGACGGCGAUAAUAUCCUAGGAAACAUGAUCGAAGGUAACUACGAUUCUCCCGACCGCAGAUACUACGGUUCUAUCCAAUUCUUCGGUCGUCACCUCCUUGGUUACUCCAAACAACCGUUGGACAAGCACCGCGCAGCUCCAUCUGCUAUGGAACACUACGAAACCUGCAUGCGUGACCCUAUGUUUUACCAGAUGUACAAGAAGAUCAUCGGCUACUUCCAAAGACACAAGAUGCACAUGCACCCUUACACCAAGCAAGAUUUGGAGUACCCUGGCGUGAAAGUCACCAAAGUCGACGUUGACAGCUUGGAAACCUAUCACGACUCUUUCUAUUCCGAUAUUAGCAACGCCGUAUACGAUACCGAUGAAGAAUUGCAACACGACACCUUCCAUGUACGUGCCAAGCAAUACCGGUUGAACCACAAACCCUUCACCUACAAGAUUCACGUUCAAUCUGACAAGCACACCAAAGCUUCAGUCAAGGUGUUCAUGGCACCUAAAUAUGAUGAAUACGGUCGUUACAUCAACAUCACCCGCAACCGUAUGAACAUGGUUGAGCUGGAUCACUUCGUGCACGAUCUGAAGGCUGGAGAAAAUGUUAUCACUAGGAACUCGUACGACGCUGACUGCUAUGGACCAGACCGCACAACCUACGACGAGUUGACCAAACAAGUAGAAGAAGCUAUCCAAGGUCAAAAGGAGUUCCACAUUGAUGGCAAACAGAACUAUUUCCACUUCCCCAGGAGGUACAUGUUGCCUAAAGGUUCUCGUAGCGGAACUCGUUUCACCUUCGCAGUCUUUGUCUACCCCUACAAACCAUACAAGGGUAAGGACCGUCAUGUGAAUGAAUACAACUAUCCCAAGGUAGGCACCGGUGCAAUCCACGUCGAUGACUACCCCGUGGGAUAUCCCUUCGACAGGUUUAUUAAAUUCAAUGAGAUGUGGCACGAAAUCCCCAACUCCGGCUGCAAGGACGUCAAGGUCUACCACAAGCACGCUGAGGAAAUCAACGCCCCCCACCAUUAAGGUUUAAGACUGCUGUUUGAUGAUGUAUUGAGAUACGAAAUAAACUUGCAAAUGUA